UAGCUGGUGCACGCCUACGCUGAUUAAACCCAUCAACUGUAAUCCUCACUGUACACAGCGGAAUCAUCUGCGGGUAUUUUCUGCCUCACUAUACAUUUGUCUCAAGUAAAGCAAAGACAUGGACAACUCUGGGAAGGAGAAGGAAGCGAUUCAGCUAAUGGCCGACGCUGACAAAAAAACCAAGUCCUCUGGCUCUUUUUUGGGAGGGAUGUUUGGAGGAGGACCUCAAAAAGUGGAGGAAGCAUGUGAGAUGUACUGCAGAGCGGCCAACAUGUUCAAGAUGGCCAAGAACUGGAGCGCUGCUGGGAGUGCCUUUUGCAAAGCGGCACGUCUCCAUAUGCAGCUGCAGAACAAACAUGACUGUGCCACCAGUUUCAUUGAUGCAGGAAAUGCUUUCAAGAAGUCCGAUCCUAAUGAGGCAAUCAAGUGUUUAAAUGCUGCCAUCGAUAUAUACACAGACAUGGGAAGAUUCACCAUCGCAGCCAAACACCACAUCAGUAUCGCAGAGAUCUACGAGUCUGAACUGGUGGAUAUUGAAAAGGCUGUUGCACAUUAUGAACAAGCAGCAGACUACUACAAAGGGGAAGAAUCCAACAGCUCUGCCAACAAGUGUCUGCUGAAGGUGGGGGCUUACUGUGCUCAGUUGGAGCAGUACCACAGGGCUAUUGAGAUCUACGAGCAGGUUGGAGCCAACACAAUGGACAACCCAUUGCUGAAAUACAGCGCUAAAGAGUAUUUCUUCAAAGCUUCCCUCUGUCAUUUCAUUGUCGACGAGCUCAACGCUAAGCUUGCUAUUGAAAAAUACGAAGAGAUGUUCCCGGCUUUCUCAGACUCUCGAGAAUGCAAACUGUUGAAGAAACUUCUUGAGGCUCAUGAGGAACAGAACAGUGAAGCUUUCACAGAGGCAAUCAAGGACUUUGACUCGAUCUCACGUCUGGACCAGUGGCACACAGCCCUCCUACUGCGCAUCAAAAAGACCAUCCAGGGCGAUGAAGGGGACUUGAAAUGAAAGAAACCUGAGGGUAGAAAUGCAGCACAGAGGGACAAAUCCAUCACGCAUGCUUUCACACACAGACCCACACACACACAAACACUUUCACUCACCUCACUAUGUAUAGAAUCUGGAGAGAGUGUCUGUUGAUGACUUUGAAUAUCUCACUGCUCACUGCUCCACUGUCAGAGUACUAUCUUUGCUUUCCUUACGAGCAUAUCUGAAUCUAGUCAGACUGUAAAUCCUCUCGCCCUCACCUCUGUCUAGAGGACUGCUGCAUACCUUUUCUGCUGAAAUCCAUCCUGGGGGAUUUCAGAGCGGUACAUCGUAUUGAAACGGAUGUUAGUAUUGACAAUAAGCACUGCAUGUUUUGUACAGUUAUUGUUUCCUAGUCAGAUACAGCUUGUUUUUUCAAAUCUAGUUUAUUAUAUAUUUAAACAAUUAUUUAAAUGUUUCAGUUUGUUCUCCGUAAGAUGAUUGUGUGUAUGAAUUUGAAGAACACACCAUUAUAUACAUUUUUUAAAGUAGGUCAGACAUUGCAGCCACACAGCGAUUUAGUUUCCUUUUUAUCACCAAUGGGGAGAGACUCUUCUUGAAGAAGGGCAAUGAUAUGCACCCAGUGUAGACUGUUAAACAUUAGUAUUUAAUCGCUAUUGUUAUUUUUUCCCACCACGCAUUCAUACUUACAUUACUGCAGGAUCUUUUAUUUUCACUUUAGGAUUUGUUCAUGUAGUAAUACUUUGAAUGUUUGAAUCUGUAGGCUGUGAUUUAUAGUUUGCCUGUGAAAAAAUGUAAUUUUGAAUGAAAAGCACUGACAUGGAAACCUUUACACCUUAUUUUCAGGGCAGUAAUCUUGGGGGGGGGAAAUGUGCUUCAUUAGUCACUCAUCUCAUGCUGUGUUGUGAUGUGAAUGUAUCCUUUGAAGGUUUAAUACAGCAGUGCACCUUCCAAAUGGCCAGUUGCUAAAGCAUGUCAUUGUGUAUAGAUUAGCGUUGUUACAUUCACUAGUGUGAGCCAGACCAAAGUUUUUACAAAAGGGUCAAGUCCCCCUGCGUAUCCAGCUUCUUCCACAUGGAAUGACAAUGGACCUUGGAUAUGAUCUGUAUGCUAGUGCGAAUGGACAAUAAUAAAGAUAUUAUAAUCCCA